AUGCCCACGGGGGUGCCAGUGUGUAGCGUACUGGGGAAGACAUACGGGAAUGAAUGUCUUCUACAUAAAGAAGCUUGUCGCAAGAGGCGCCGUAUUGGUUUGGCUCACACUGGAAUGUGUCUGAUCCCGAAGGCUCAGUGCUCAGAGCUGGAGUAUGGUCAGUUCCCAUAUCGUCUGUUGGACUGGUUUCUCCUGCUGAGCCGUAUGGGAGAGAGUUACAGCCCAGCAGCACCAACACAGAGUUGUCUUUCACAUACACAACGAAUGCAGCUCGCCCAGAGAAGGUUUUCUCUCCUGGAUCGUAAUGACGAUGGUAAACUGAGCAGAAGGGAUCUGAAAAAGCUGCAUUAUAAGAGAAUGCCACUGGAGCACUGUGCCAAAAGAUUCUUCCUGUCAUGUGACAAGAAUAAGAAUGGAAAGGUGACCCUCAGAGAGUGGACAUCUUGUCUAGUGGACCGUUCAGAACUGUGGUUCCAGAACUUCACGUCUAUGAAGAUGGGUUCCCGCAAGCUGUGUUCAAACACAGAUCAUCAGCUUCUUUAG